UUCUUGUGACUUUUCCCUCAAACUGAUCACCAACCAAUCAGAACAACACACUUCAAACAUACACCCUUACUAAAAGAACAUGGCCAAGGGCGGGAAAGGCCCCAAGGGCAAGAAGAUCACCCUCAAUGUGGCCAAGAAUUGUAUCAAAAUCACAUUUGAUGGGAGAAAACGCCUUGACUUGAGCAAGAUGGGAAUUACCAACUUCCCCAAAUGUAUCCUGAGACUGAAUGAUGUGGAUGAGCUCGACCUUAGCCGGAAUCUGAUCAGAAAAAUCCCUGAAUCAAUCUCCAAGUUUCAGAACCUGCGGUGGCUGGACCUGCACAGCAACUACAUCGACAAGCUUCCUGAGUCCAUCGGCCAGAUGACUACUCUGCUCUACCUCAAUGUCAGCAACAACAGGCUGACCACCAAUGGGUUGCCUGUGGAGCUCAAUCAGCUCAAGAAUACCCGCACCUUGAACCUAGGCUUGAACCAUCUGGACAGUGUGCCCACCACACUGGGUGCUCUGAAGGAGCUCCAUGAUGUGGGGCUACAUGACAACCUGCUGACCACCAUCCCUAAGAGCAUCUCCAAGCUCCCCAAGCUCAAAAAGCUCAACACAAAGCGAAAUCCCUUUCCCAAGGCAGAGGAGUCAGAUACAUUCAUAGAUACCAUCAGGAGGCUGGACAACUUAUAUCUGGUAGAAGAGAAGGAUCUGUGUUCGAGUUGCCUGAAAAAAUGCCAACAGGCCCGGGACAAGCUGAACAAAAUCAAGAAUAUGGCCACAACAGCACCGAGAAAGGCCAUCUUUUCCAAUCUAGUCUCACCUAACUCCAUGGCCAAGGAUUCCCAGGAAGACUGGAGGUGACCAGGGACCCUGACCCUGAGGCAGGAAGGGAAAAGGGAGGGAGGGAAGAAAGUAGGGAGCGGCAUCCACAGGGAAUUGUGGGAUCCCUCCAUUUCUUGCAACAGCUCUUCCAGCCAAGCCCAUAAAAUACCU